CCUACGUGGUCCCGACGUGGCUCUAAAUGCUAAGCCACAUGGAAACGCAUAUCGCUGUUUAUAAUGCUUUUCGAUUAGGUUUUAUGUAAAAGAGGGUUUAGUGUCACAGUUGAGUUCACUUUGUUGCAAUUAACCUACUCAGGAAAAACAUAGUUAAGAACCUAAAUACUUUGACUUUCUUCAGAAUUUCUGAUUGAUUUACAUUUUGGCUCAAUGAGGCGUCAUAAACGUAACUACAGUAGACCUAUGUUUUAUCGGCCAACGUUGGCUUUUAAAACAUUUACAAUACUAUCCGUCGAAUCAAAAAACGCACGCGCCCGUUUGAUUCGGGAACCAGCCGCUUUGAAAGAUUCAUUCAAAAGAUUCGAUUCGGGGUUCGGAAUGAAUCGUUCGCGAAUCUCGCUCACAUCGCCAGCAGGAGGGAUCCAGAGCGGCUGUGUCACUCGGAAGGAAACAUCAGGGAAUCUGUGGCUCUUUUUUUUUUUUUUUUUAAAUCUAACGUUAGGGCUCAAGAAAAACCCAGCGACAUCCUUCCCGUCAUUUGGAAGAAAGAUGCCUGAAUUGUUUUGCUUUUUAUCGGAUGUAGAUUAAUAUUCACGGGCUGAUGCGGCCAUGGCAAGUCACGGUGUCAGCCUUAUCGAUACCCGCCCGCAGCAUUUGAAGGAUACGAAGUGAAAGAUAAAUUAUAAUUGAGUAACGUUAAGUUUAUCUGAUCUCGGCAGACUUCAUCUGUGCGCAUGCGAGAUAACAGUUCUGCGCUCUGGAUAUGCUGAUGUGAACUGAUACAGGCUGAAUGCCUGUCCGAGAUAAUGUGAUUUUGUCUUUCCAUAGAGGUUUUUUUUCUCUAACAUUAUCAUCGGCGGGUCUAAAACCGGGGGCCGAUCCGCGCCGUUCGCCUCGUAAAGUGUUCUUAAAAGGCGCGUUUGAUGGUUAACGGACGGAUAUCUUCUUCAUCUACAAUCAGCUGACCGCCUCCGAAUCCGUAGCAUUGGACGAGAUAACCCGGAGUUUUCCUCUAUUUGCUUAAACAGAAGGCUGUUCGGAAGCCAGGUAUUUCCUCUUGCGUUAAAGGAGCCCGUGAGGACCGCGGCCGAACAGGAACGGGAUCUUGGAGAUGUCAGGCCGGCCUAGGACCACCUCGUUUGCGGAGAGCUGCAAGCCAGUGCCGCAGCCUUCAGCCUUUGGCAACAUGAAAGUCAGCAGAGAUAAAGAUGGCAGUAAAGUUACUACAGUGGCAGCGACCCCCGGUCAGGGACCCGACCGGCCUCAGGAGGUCAGCUACACGGACACAAAGGUCAUCGGGAACGGCUCUUUUGGGGUCGUUUAUCAAGCGAAGCUGUGCGACACCGGAGAGCUGGUGGCCAUAAAGAAGGUGCUCCAGGAUAAAAGGUUUAAGAAUCGCGAGUUACAGAUCAUGAGGAAGUUGGAUCACUGUAACAUUGUGCGUCUGCGCUACUUCUUCUACUCCAGCGGAGACAAAAAGGAUGAGGUGUAUCUGAAUUUGGUGAUGGAUUACGUGCCUGAAAACGUGUACAGAGUGGCCAGACACUACAGCAGAGCCAAGCAGAAUCUGCCCAUGGUCUAUGUGAAGCUAUACAUGUACCAGCUGUUCCGCAGCUUGGCGUACAUCCACUCGUAUGGGAUCUGCCAUCGAGACAUCAAGCCGCAGAACCUCCUGCUCGAUCCAGAGACAGCUGUACUCAAACUCUGUGACUUUGGAAGUGCUAAGCAGCUGGUGCGUGGUGAGCCUAAUGUUUCCUACAUCUGCUCGCGCUACUACAGAGCCCCUGAGCUCAUUUUCGGGGCCACGGACUACACUUCCAGCAUAGACAUUUGGUCGGCGGGCUGCGUGCUGGCCGAGCUGCUGCUUGGACAGCCCAUAUUUCCUGGUGACAGCGGCGUCGAUCAGCUGGUUGAAAUCAUCAAGGUGCUGGGAACUCCUACACGAGAGCAGAUCCGGGAGAUGAACCCCAAUUACACCGAAUUCAAGUUUCCACAGAUAAAGGCACACCCGUGGACUAAGGUUUUCCGGCCGCGGACCCCUCCGGAGGCGAUAGCUCUGUGUUCCCGGUUGUUGGAGUACACACCUACGGCCCGAUUCACUCCUCUGGAGGCCUGCGCUCACACUUUCUUUGACGAGCUCCGUGAGCCCAACCUCAAGCUCCCGAACGGAAGAGAGCGGCCUGUGCUGUUUAAUUUCACUACACAGGAGUUGUCCGGUAACCCGUCGCUGGCCUCCGUUCUCAUUCCUGCACAUGCUCAGAACCAGGCGGAAAACUCCUCCCAGUCUGCCUUGGCUGCAACAGGUGCCAACAGUGGCGAUCGUGGUCCAAACGCCAACGCUGCCUCUGCUGCCCCUAAUCCUGCAACUUGAACCCCAUCCAACCGUUAAUGGGCCACUUUUACGCUGCUGCUUAUUAGCCACGCCCACUCCCCCGGGGGUCAAGGGCGUGGCUACAAUUACCCGAAAAGCUCAUUAUUUGAUGGAUGCACCAAACCAAACCAUCCCCAGUCAUUGUCUUUGUUUUUACUAUUAUUCUAUUUUUUAAUUUAUUGCUCUGAAGGACGAAUCGAGGGCUCAGAAACACCUCCUCAGGAUCAUCUGCGGUGAUGUUUGACAAUUCUCUUCCCCCUCGUCUCUCUUUUUCUCUCUCUCUCUAUAUAUACACACACUUAUAUAAACCAUCACACAUACAAAUAAGUUUUCACGUGUCUACUUCGACAUUUUUUAAAGGGAAAUCUGUAUGCUGUAGCCGCUGCUUCUUUUAUAAUUGUCUCGGGCCCCUUCCUUGUCACCUGCGGGUGGAGACAAAGACUUAAAACGAGUAUGAGCUGACACAGACAGCGCAGGUGGGAUGCAAGAAAGCUGGUUUCUGAUUGGUCGAUACGACCGAAUCCUGAACAGCGUGGACUGAUUUCCAGGGCUUGUGUACAUUCUGUAGACUAUGUGAAAUAUAUGCUAAUGGCGUUUGCCUUUUUCCUCAGUACUGGGCAGAUAUGUUGUAUGCUUAAGCUGUAUGCUGCUGUGUACCUCUUUGUUUUUUCCACCACUUUUGAAGGAGUGACAUUACCCAUCCGUUUCCCGCUCGUCUUCCUCUUUCCCACUGUAUAAUACUUCACUGAACUCAGAUGUUGCCACAGACGUAAUAUCAGAUCAUGUUCUGUGAGCAAGAGCGUGCGUGCGUGUGUGUGUGAGCGCAUGCUGUACGUCUUAUGUCUAUAAAUACUGUAUGCUGAUUAGUGAGCUAAACGAAUUAAGCACGAAAUUAAGAAAAAUGAUAAUCAGGACCUUAAAGGGAUAGUUCACCCAAAAGAGAAAAUUCUGUCAUUAUCACUCGCCUCAUAUCGUUCUAAACCGGUAAGACAUCAGUUCAUGUUCACAACACAAAUUGAGAUAUUUUUGAUAACAUACAAGAGCUCUCUGAUCAUCCACAAAGACAGCUGAGGUCCGAUUAAUGACAGGAUUUUCAUUUUUGGGGGAACUGUCCCUUUAAAACAGAACGCGUGAACGGGUUUUCAAAUUCCAGCCUAAAGAAAGAUGUCCGGUUUAGUUCCCAGACUCGCGUUAUUUGUGUUAGAAUUUAGCAGGAAUGAGCGCUGAAAGCAUUUUGAAACCCUUAACCUUCUGAACCGCUUCAUCAGGGACGCAGGCUAACGAGGCAGGAGAAAAUAAGACGGGAACGCUUUCUCUGCAGUGCGUUCGCUUCCUUUUAUUGUUUUCGUUCCUCUUGUUCUCUUUAGCGCCCCCUAGUGUUAGUGGAAGCGCACAGCAGAGGCUGCUCUAUCAAAUGCCGUCGUAAAUCAGUAGAGAAGAGUCACUUCAAACUGUUUAUAUCUCUCCCAAAAGUGCUGUUGAAAGAAUAUCUUUUCUGUUGCACGGUUAAAGCGACAGUUCACCCAAACAAGCAUUUUUAUUUUUAUUAUCUUUUCUAUACAACGCGAGAUUUAAUAUAGAGAGUGUGAUUAAGGGCUGUCAAACGCAAAAAAGUGACUCGCGUGCUAUAUUUAACGCCUUUUAAGUCGUAUCUUCGUAUGUGAGAAAAACACAAAUUAAAUUAUUAAUUUCUAACUCCCUAACUCUCACACACACAGUGUUUUGGUCGAAUUUGAAGACACUCAGCAUCGCUGAAAAAAGUGUUGAUGUUACAAAGUGAUUUGCCAUAUUUUAAUAUAAACGAUCAGAAUGGGAUUUUAAAGCUGGAGCUGAGAAUGUGUUUGUAGCUUAAAUGUUGAUCUCCAAACACUUUCAUGGUAUGCAAACGAUUGGUUCGUUUUAUUUAUUUAUUCCCUACAUGAAAGAAAAAGGACAAUAUGAAGGACUGGAAAUCAUAAAAACAGUGUUAAUUUUUGGGGGGGUGAAUUGUCCCUUUAACGGUUGUUUUUAAUGAACUCUUUAAACUAAUACAAUAUCUAUGAAGGUGCACCAUUGCUCGCGUGUGUUAAAAUGCUCAUUUGUUUAAAUAAUCUAUGCUUGGCGAACUUGAGAUGAUUUUUUUUGUUCAGGUCAGUUCACUCUCACAGCAGGGAAAAUAGACUAAACAUUGUUUUUCUUUCUUUUCCUGUUUGUCAUUUCAGCUUAAAGCUCCAGAAGGACUUUUUCUUAACCAUCCUCUCGAAUUUAUCGUGCGUUCUUUUAACCGACAUGUAAAAAAAAAAUCUAUUUACAGUGUUUACAAUUAGUUUUUUUUACGAUUAUGUAUAAUACACGAGAAUACGGUGUCGGGCAUCUACGGUAUUAAAUUAUUUUGCAAUAAUAUUUUUGAUUUAUGUUUGGGGUUUCGUAAAACGCUUUCAGCAGCACUUAAAGGGAGCGAUGUCGACCUUUACCAUACGCUUCAUUCAGAUAUGUUGGCGGUCUUGAUGUAAAGUUUCUCAGUGACUCUUAUCAGAGACGAAUAUGCGACGAAAAGGGAAAUAUACAAAUGUGACUGUUGCCAGAGUUAAACAGCAGUCGAGCAACGGCCAACAUAGCUAUUAAUUAUGGUUUUGUUUCAUUUUUCUCUUCACGUGACGGUAUGUUACGCGUUCCGCUGAUGUGUGUCCGGUCUCUUUUGUGUGUUCUGGUUCAGAGGAGUCACCUGAUACUGUACUGCAUUGAAUAAAGUGUAGGUUAGCCUCACGAAAAA